AAAGUAAUACCAAGUCUUGUUUUCAACCAGUGGACACCCAACCAGACACGCAUGAAGUGGACCAGAGUGAGAUCCGAACUCAGAUCCUGCUGGCCACCGGCUCCUCUACGCUGAAAAACCGACACAGUUUCACCCACAUGCUAACAGAGAGGGAACAAGGCAGAUGUAGAGGCUCCAGUUUUUCCCACGGAGAGUGCAGUCGUAUCCGAACACAUUUUCUGCCAAACUAUGUAUCCCACAAGGAUACGUACCAGCAGAAAGCCUUCUGUGGAGUGUACAGCGAGGAUGGCAACAUGUUCCUCUCUGCCUGCCAAGACCAGAACAUCCGCCUGUACGACACCAGCCGGGGACGCUUUCACCUACGGCGGACAGUGAAGGCUCGGGAUGUGGGGUGGAGCGUGCUGGACGUCUGCUUCACCCCUGACUCUCAGAAUGUGCUCUACUCCAGCUGGUCUGACUACAUUCAUUUGUGCAGUAUAGAUGGAGACAGUGAAAACCACACCGCCCUGGACCUCAAUCCAGAUGAGAGGAGGUUCUGUGUGUUCUCACUGGCUGCGUCCACAGAUGGCAACGAGAUCCUGGGAGGAGCGAACGACGGCUGCCUUUACGUUUUUGAUCUUGAGCAGAAUAAACGAACGUUGAAGGUUAGUGCGUCUAAUUUUUUUUUUUUUUUGCUUGUGGUUCCGCUUGUACAGGCUUUCGUGUCACGUCCCCUCUGUCUGUUUGUGCAUCAUCCCGCGACCAAGGUGAGCCAGACAUUAGCGGACCUCCAUCACAAAAAGUUUCACACCGCCCCUCUGUCUGUAACGCAGCAGCAGAGAGAGUCAGGCUCCACCCUGCAGUGGGACAGGGGUUAAACCCCCCUCCCUCCUCCUCUCCCCACAACUCUCCUCUGUGUAGAAGUCAGUCGCUGCCCUCUACCAUCUGCUUCACCACUGUCUUGUGCUCUUUCUUAUUCAGUCUUUGUUAUUACCUCUCCGUCAGUGUGUCUGCGCUUAAUCUCUAAACCCAUUUUCCUAUUAUUGCUAUUUUUCACCUCAAGAAUACAUCUGGUGGCAGACCCGGCGGCAGGCAUACAUCUCGGGGCGGGCAU